GCUGUCAGGAUGAGGAGGCGGAGGUCGGCGCUCGGGUCCGUCUCUGCCCGCGGCUGUGGCGGCGCCGGCGGCUCCAGCCUUAGCGGUUCCUCCCUGGGCGGCGGCGGCGGCGGCUCGGUCGACGCCUCUUCCGCCAGCUGAGCCCGCGGGAGCCCUUGACGCCGCUUCUCCGCCCAUCCCGGUUCCCCGAGGCCGGCCGCCUGGCCAUGGCGCAGCCGGGCCCGGCUCCUCAGCCUGACGUUUCUCUUCAGCAACGGGUAGCAGAAUUGGAAAAAAUUAAUGCUGAAUUUUUACGUGCACAGCAGCAGCUUGAGCAAGAAUUUAAUCAAAAGAGGGCGAAAUUUAAAGAGUUAUAUUUGGCUAAAGAGGAGGAUCUGAAGAGGCAAAAUGCAGUGUUACAAGCUGCACAGGAUGAUUUGGGAUACCUUCGGACACAGCUGUGGGAAGCCCAAGCAGAGAUGGAGAAUAUCAAGGCCAUUGCCACAGUCUCUGAAAAUACCAAGCAAGAAGCUAUAGAUGAAGUGAAAAGACAGUGGAGAGAGGAAGUUGCCUCACUUCAGGCUGUUAUGAAAGAAACAGUUCGUGACUAUGAGCACCAGUUCCACCUCAGGCUGGAGCAGGAGCGAACACAGUGGGCACAGUAUCGAGAAUCCACGGAGAGGGAAAUAGCUGACUUAAGGAGAAGGCUGUCUGAAGGUCAAGAGGAAGAAAAUUUAGAAAAUGAAAUGAAAAAGGCCCAAGAGGAUGCUGAGAAACUUCGGUCUGUUGUGAUGCCCAUGGAGAAGGAAAUUGCAGCUCUGAAAGAUAAACUGACAGAGGCUGAAGACAAGAUUAAAGAGCUGGAGGCCUCAAAGGUUAAAGAACUGAAUCAUUAUCUGGAAGCCGAGAAAUCUUGUAGGACUGAUUUAGAGAUGUAUGUAGCUGUAUUGAACACUCAGAAAUCUGUUCUACAGGAAGAUGCUGAGAAACUGCGGAAAGAAUUGCAUGAAGUUUGCCAUCUCUUGGAGCAAGAGCGACAACAACACAACCAAUUAAAACACACAUGGCAGAAGGCCAAUGACCAGUUCCUGGAAUCUCAGCGUUUGCUAAUGAGAGAUAUGCAGCGAAUGGAGAUUGUGCUAACCUCAGAACAGCUCCGACAAGUUGAAGAACUGAAGAAGAAAGAUCAGGAGGAAGAUGAGCAGCAAAGACUUACGAAGACAAAGGAUCACAAAAAAGCUGAUGUUGAGGAAGAAGUAAAAAUACCAGUAGUAUGUGCUUUAACUCAUGAAGAAUCUUCAGCCCAGUUAUCAAAUGAAGAGGAGCAUUUAGAUAGCACUCAUGGUUCAGUCCAUUCCUUAGAUGCGGACUUACUGUUGCCUUCUGGAGAUCCAUUCAGUAAAUCGGACAAUGACAUGUUUAAAGACGGACUGAGGAGAGCACAGUCUACAGAUAGCUUGGGAACUUCAAGCUCAUUGCAAUCCAAAGCUUUAGGCUAUAACUGUAAAGCAAAAUCUGCUGGAAACCUGGAUGAGUCAGAUUUUGGACCGUUGGUUGGAGCAGAUUCUGUGUCUGAGAACUUCGAGACGGCUUCCCUUGGGUCAUUGCAAAUGCCAAGUGGGUUUAUGUUAACCAAAGAUCAGGAAAGAGCAAUUAAAGCGAUGACACCAGAACAAGAAGAGACAGCGUCCCUCCUCUCCAGUGUCACCCAGGGUGUGGAAAGUGCUUAUGUCUCUCCCAGUGGUUACCGCUUAGUCAGUGAGACGGAAUGGAAUCUCCUGCAGAAAGAGGUACAUAAUGCUGGAAACAAACUUGGUAGACGUUGUGAUAUGUGUUCCAAUUAUGAGAAACAGUUACAAGGAAUUCAGAUUCAGGAGGCUGAAACAAGAGACCAGGUAAAAAAACUGCAGGUGAUGCUCAGACAAGCUAAUGAUCAGUUAGAGAAAACAAUGAAAGAUAAACAGGAGCUGGAAGACUUCAUAAAGCAGAGCACUGAAGAGUCAAGUCAUCAGAUCUCUGCACUUGUCCUAAGAUCCCAAGCAUCCGAGAUCUUACUUGAAGAGUUACAGCAGGGGUUUUCUCAGGCAAAGAGGGAUAUUCAGGAACAGAUGGCAGUGCUGAUACAGUCACGGGAACAGGUUUCAGAAGAGCUGAUGAGGUUACAGAAAGAUAAUGACAGUCUCCAGGGAAAGCAUAGCUUGCAUGUAUCGUUACAGCAAGCAGAAAACUUCAUCCUUCCAGACACUAUGGAGGAACUCCGGGAGUUGGUAUUAAAAUACCGUGAGAACAUCAUUAAUGUGCGGACAGCAGCAGACCACGUGGAGGAAAAGCUGAAGGCUGAAAUACUUUUCCUAAAAGAGCAGAUUCAAGCAGAACAAUGUUUAAAAGAAAACCUUGAAGAAACUCUGCAGCUAGAAAUAGAAAACUGCAAGGAGGAAAUAGCUUCUAUUUCUAGCCUAAAAGCUGAAUUAGAAAGAAUAAAAGUAGAAAAAGGACAGUUGGAGUCUACCCUAAGAGAGAAGUCUCAACAGCUUGAGAGCCUUCAGGAAAUGAAAAUCACUAUAGAAGAACAGUUAAAGAAAGAGACUGCUGCUAAGAUUACCGUUGAACAACUGAUGUUUGAGGAGAAGAACAAAGCUCAGAGAUUGCAGACAGAAUUAGAUGUCAGUGAGCAAGUCCAGAGAGAUUUUGUAAAACUUUCUCAGACCCUUCAGGUGCAGUUAGAACGGAUCCGGCAAGCAGAUUCCUUAGAGAGGAUCCGGGCUAUUCUGAAUGAUACCAAACUGACAGACAUUAACCAGCUUCCUGAGACAUGACACCCGAUAGCAGGACUCUAGCCUGCACUUUGGGUUUUUAACUCAUCUUUAGAGCGACAUUAAUUAUUAUUUAACUCUUAACUGAAGAAGCAGAAGUCACAACACAAGGAAGACAAGAAGGGCUUAUUUCUAGUGGGAGAAGACUGCACAGCAGAGAGCAGGGAGAUGUGCAGAGAAAAGACCUUUCAAAUGGGAACACUAAGGAGACUCCAGACUGGACUCCAGUGGGUGUGAGAUCUGAUUUGGUGAUGGAAAAGGUGCUGUUUCCUUGCCUGCUCUAUCCAACACAGAUUUUUGGAAUACAUUUCCCACCCCUAAAAUAACAUUCAAUAGUGUCUGGAAUUACAUUUUCUGUUCAUAGAUACUGGAAGAGAGAAUUUGUUUUCUAUUGUCUAGAGCUCAUCAGUAACAGUAUUCAGCUAGCAGACAGAGGUGUAGUAUGCUAUAUGAGUAUUUUAUAUUAAAAUAUGAAGUCUGAGAGCAGGCCACUGGCUAGUGACUGUAUUUCCUAGCUCAGUGCAUUUUUUAAAACCAUUUUAUCUCACAUCGGAGGACUUAAAUGCUACCGAAGCUUGCCUGAGAACCAUAAGACUGCCAGUUCAGGAACUGAAUUAUGAGAAUUUGAAAACUUGGCCCUUAUGUAUUGGAAGUUGAGGUCAAAGGAAAAGCACAAGAAACUGUUUGGAAGCACUUUUUCUGCAAACCUGGAUUGAUCUUUGUGGGCCCACAGGUACCAGGGUAAAGCUGAAUUGGUAACCUUGUACUGUUUUGAAAACUUUUAAUUAUUGGAUCAGUGGAAAAAAACAAUAAAACAAGCUAUGCCUAACAACAUCUAGUAUAAAUUUAUAAAUCUGCUAAUUUUCAACUUGGAUCAGUAAGCUUGAGUCCUUUUUCUUUCAAAAUUGUCAGUUACAAAAAUGGUGAUAACCAGAUUUGACAGAUACCUACUUUGUAUUUUUCUUUUAUAACUUGGGCUUGGAGUGUAAGUGAUAAGGCUUACAGUGAAGUUGGAAAAAAAGUCAGGUUUCUUUGUUGCUGUGUCAUUUCUACAAGAGGUUAGAUUUCUUUCCUAUAUAAAGAAAGCCCCAAUAAAUCAGAUUGUCUUUGCCAUAGUUUUAUGAAGUGUUGCAGAAAGCACAAAGACUGGAUUUGUGUUCACAGUUUACGUGCUGCAGCACCAUCCCCGGGAAUAGCCAGUGGAGUGCCACACUGUAGAACUCAUCAUACAGACAGUUCAAAAGUAAAAUUGUUUUCAGAGACUUUUUUGUAAUUGGUGUUGUAUAACAGCAGGGUACCUAAAGGAACUUAUGGGCAUUAAGUGAAUGAAGUAGAUGGUUUGGCUCACUUAAAGGCAUCAUCAAAAUUUUAAGGAAUUGUCUUUAUUAUAAAUGAAGCCAUUAGGGGCUUGUCCUAGAGGUCUUUAUUUCUGUCUUUCAUAGGACAAGUGAUAAAGACUACAUACCUCAUCCGUUGGGUUAGUGUUGUAGUCUUGCAUUCAUGAUUAUGAAUUUAAAAGUCAAUACUAAUUAUGGAAAUAGUACUAUGGGCUUGCUGUGGAUGGAACAUGAUUUUAAUUGGCUUAAAGUCCCUGUGUAUUAAGUGCUACUUGGUUUAGAUAUAGGAAACAUUUAUCCUCAUUGAGUUACAGGAAAUUUUAUUAAUUCCAAACUGCAAGCCAUUUAAAUUAUAUCAGUUUAAACUAGUCCCUUUAAUAGACCCCCAAGCUAGUUCAUUUCAGAUUAAAAUUAGCACUGUAAAUCAGAAUGGUUAAUUCAUAAUCAUUCUGAACCAACUGCCCUAUAUACUCCCAGUAAACUGAUCUGCCGAGACUAAUCACCUUGCAGAUACUUUUCUCCUGCAUAUGGUUCUGGGGCAAGGCAAUAAAAUCAUCACAGUUUGGGAACUGGGGCAGAUGCAAACUGUUGGAACCCACUUUGUUGAAAAAACAUCCUAGAAAAACCCAAACUGAGAUUCUAGGUUUUAAUAAGCAGUUUCCGGUAUUAAACAAACUUUUAUGACACUAUCCUGGUAGGAAGCAAUUUUUUAAACUGGACUUUCUAUAUAAGUAGGAAGCUGGUUUAGAAGGCAGGAUUUGGCCCUUCUAGACAAAAGACAAGAUGAGUUGAUUUUCAUGAGUAUUCCUGUGCUUGUAUCCAGUUUGUACACAGAUGUUCUCACGCAUGCCUAACCUGAUUUACCUCUAACCUGUUAACCUACCUUACCAUGUGGCUUUUAAUUGGCAGUCACUCAGCCAUUUCUAGGCAGGUACAGUAUUACCUUUCAGAACUCAUAUUGGCUGGUAUAAAAAGAUCACCUGAAGCUAACUGAGGACAAAACCACAUCUUGCCUAUCAAGCUAUUUAUAUUUCUUUCCCCCUUUGAGGUCUUAACCUUAUACCUUGAAUCCACCCAGUAACAAGUAGUGGGACACAGAGCACAGCCAAGCUCAGCUCUGAAAGGUGAUACUGCCUACUGAGGAAAUGGGCCCCAGUAGUGGUCUUUGCAACUGUGGAUCUUGUGCUCUACUCUGUACAGAUUUCAGGUGUCACCAUCUCUUAACUGUACUGAAGGUAUGUCCUUAAGAAGAAUGUGUUCAAAUUAAAAAAGCUGCUGCCUAGUA